CGGGGGACUACGAACUGUUCAAACAGGCCCUGCUCCGCGAGUUUGGGCUGACUCCUGAGAUGUACCGGAAAAGGUUCCGGAGUCAGCGUAAAACCCGUGAGAUCACAUAUCUACAACUGGUCAACCGGGCGCAGGGGUAUGCCCGCAAGUGGACAGCUGGGGCCCAAACUAAAGAGGACUUGCUUGACCUAUUCAUACUGGAGCACCUGUAUGAGCAGUGCCCGUCCGACCUGAGGCUGUGGUUGAGGGACCAGAAGCCGGAGAACCCGCAGCACGCAGGCCAACUUGCCGACCAAUUUGUGGACAGUCGGGCAGGGGAUGGCAGGGAGGAGUCUCGAAGGAGCAGGCCUGCCUCAGCGCAGAGAGAGAGUCAUCAUGGGACCUCCCAGCGGGGGCCUAUGGAGAACCCCCCCAAAGGGGGAACAUCCAGUGUCAGGUCCCUCCGACCCAUUCCAGGGGACCCACGAGACAUGGGCUGCUAUCAAUGUGGCCAACGAGGCCACAUACGGGCCCAGUGCCCCAAGCUCAGGGACAGACCAAGCAGACCCAACCCGCAGAGGGUGGACUGGGUAAAAACCCAAUCGGAAGAGGGGCUACAUUCCCGGGAAAGGGGGGCUGGCAACAUACCACCUGUGAAGGAGGGAGGAGGUCCCCAGGUCAGCUCCUCUGGGGGGCUGGAUGCUCCAGCCUCCGGGUUUUUGGUUUACCGGGUGGGCGCGGGGCUGCCCCUCCGGAAAGAGUGCCUUGUUUCCCUGGAGGUAGAUGGGAGGGAGGUCACUGGGUACUGGGACACGGGUGCAGAGGUGACGCUUGCCCGACCCGAGGUGGUGGGCUCAGAUCGGAUGGUGCCCGACACCUACCUGACCCUGAUGGGCGUGGGCGGGACCCCAUUCAAGGUGCCCGUGGCGAGGGUACAUCUGAAGUGGGGGGCCAAGGAGGGCCCCAAGGACGUGGGGGUACACCCACAUUUGCCCACAGAUGUGUUAAUGGGAGGGGACCUUGAGGACUGGCCUAGUAGCACUCAGAGUGCCCUGGUAGUGACUCAUAGUCAGAGUCGGCAAAGGGCACUGCACCCCGACAACGGGGAAGGUACUCGGCCCGAGGUGCAGGACCCUAACCUGGGGGGCGGGGAGCGCCCAGGGGCAUGGCUCAGAGAGGCCUGUCCCAGCUGCUGA